AUGGUGAUUACUCAGUUGCGCGCGCUGGUUUUCUUGUGCCUCUCCGCUGUCCCUGUAGAGGCGUGUUUCGGUUGGUUCAACAACUAUUGUUGCUUUGCUGGUGCACCCUGUGUUUCUCGCUGUGUGGCAGCUGCACCUGUUGUCUACGCCGCUGCAGCGCCAGUACUACCUCCACCACCUCCACCACCACCGCCGCCACCACCACCACCUCCUCCUCCUGCUCCGCUUCGGGUUCCCACCUAUGUUGCCCCGCCUGGUCCCAGUUACCUACCACCUUCCCCUCUAGUUUCACCGUCUCUUUCCAAUCCAGCACCACCGACCGGUACCGGUGGAGCCCCUUACAGAGGACCAUCCAUCAGUGUGCCCGCAGCCGCUCUAACCGCAUAUGAUGCUGCAAGUGUGAGUGAUGCCCUCGGACAGGUCCUGAACCAAGACCAGGCACUUACCGGCAGUGUUAGCAACGUGCAACUCAGAGACCCUCGACCUGUUCCUGAUAUUACAAAAGCCGGCUCAACUUACGGCUCGUCUUCAUCUUUAGGAGGAACAUUAGGAAAGUCUGUAUCUACAACUGCUGUGGACGAAAUGGGUCGCACAAUCAUCAAGACGGCGAACUUACUACAAGAGGAUGCGGUAUCAGAAGGAAUGGGGAAAGGACUAGCUCGGUCCUAG